AUGGCUAGCCGUUCGCGUUCAUCGUCGCCCUAUUAUAGAAGACGCUCACCUUCAUCGCCAAGAAGAGAAAGAUCUGGCUCUUCCAGACGCCGUUCUCUUUCGCCUAGAAGACGUCGUUCUCCAUCACCCAGAAGGCGCGAUGACAACAACGACCGCAAAAGAGACAGAGGCCGUUCAAACGAGAGAUACAGUAGACGUUAUUCACCCAAUGGAUAUCAUAGACAACAGAGAACAACAGACAUUGAUGGCAUUACCAUUCGUCCAGAAGAAAGCUAUACUGAUUUUCGCACACGGGUGAGAAAUGAAUCCACAAAGACCAUUUGGGCGCCUUCACCUGAGCGUGCUCGAUCCAUGACACCUGAAGAUAGGCCUCGUAAAUCGAAAAAGAGCAAAAGAUAUGACACGGACAGCGCAACGGAUUCAUCAUCAUCAGAGGAUGAACGUCGCCAUCAUCGCAGCAGCCGCAGCCGUCGCAGCAGUAAGCAUAAAUCCAGCAGAAGCAGUAAACAUAAAUCCAGCAGCAGUAGACACAAGAGUAGUAGACAUGGCAGCAGUCGACACAAGUCCAGUAGCCAUCGUCAUAGUAAAAAGAAGAGAUACAGCUCAUCUUCAUCCGCAUCAUCAUCUGAAGAGGAGGACGAGAGAAAGAGGUCAUCCUCUCAUGAAAAAUCAGCACUGGAGGUAGAUCAAUCACAACUGGACCAAGUGCAAGAUCUUUGGGUUGAAAAGCAAGUGGACUUGCCUGACGAUUUAGCGCCUGUUGGACCCGUCCCCUUGGCCGAAAACGAAGACAAUGAUGAAAGAGCGUAUGGUAGUCAAUUAUUACCGGGAGAAGGCUCUGCCAUGGCAGCCUAUGUCAAGGAGGGUAAACGUAUUCCUCGUCGUGGUGAAAUUGGACUGAGUGGAGACCAAAUUGCCGAAUUUGAAAAAGCAGGUUAUGUGAUGAGUGGUAGUCGACAUCAGCGUAUGAAUGCUGUGCGUCUUCGAAAGGAAAAUCAAGUUAUUUCAGCCGAGGAAAAGCGAUUGGUGUUGCAACAUGCACAGGAGCAAAAGAUCAAGCGUGAAAAUGAGAUUAUUUCUGGAUUCAGAGAGAUCCUUAGCGAUAAAUUUAAAAAGGAAGAUGAAUAA